GCUCCCGCAGCAUGAUGCAUCCUUAGUGGCAUUUACUACGGAGUAUCACGUACCAAAAGGACGGGUGAACUUGAGGGGUGGUCAGAACGUCAUUGCUUUUUAAUAGCAAUGAUGAGGUUCUUUGCGCUGUUGGCUAUGGGUAUCCGGCCUGACACGGCAGUAUGGAUUGGAUAUAAACCCUAGCUCAGGCGCCGAUGGGCCGACCAUCAGCGACUUGGCUUUGUUCUCAGUAUUCGACGCUCCCUUCCAACUCCCUAAAUCGUUACUCGUUUGGAUAUCACCAUGGCCAGCUUCUCGUCCUGCUUCCCGAGAAUUGGCGAGAAAGUCAGCAGCUGGGGAUACUCCUUCACUUGGACCAGCGACCAUCUGUCCAAGGAGGAGAUUGAGCCGCUGCGUCAGCAGUAUGAUACCACCGCGGCUACCGCGCUUCAGAGGCUACAGGCUAUAAGAAUUGCCUUGGUGGAAGAGAGCAAGGCAAAGGGAACUAGUCCCCCGCCCAAUGACCUCUAUGUUCUACUACGGGACCACCGUGGGGAUGACGAUGUCUUGACCGAGUUUUGGACCGAAGUCAAUACAGUGCCUGCCUGGGUGGACUGGGAACAACUUGCACGAGGCCAACGGUUUUUCUAUCGCUACGCAAUUGCUAACAUGGUGGGGUUUGCAUUGCAAGGAUUUGUGGCAGAAAACUCGGCGGCACCAGGGGUAAUUGAGGUCCUCGUUCGAACCGGGGGCUUCUCCACCCGUAUGCUUCUUGGGCGCUUGUUGGAGACUUUCCAAUGGCUGAUACAAGUUACACAUUGCAUUGAUUCCAUCCGACCCGGUGGGGAAGGGCAUAUCGCGAGCGUCCGGGUGAGGUUACUUCACGCCUCUGUACGCCAGCGCAUCCUCCAACUCUGUCAAACCAGGCCGGAAUACUUUGACACGGAGCGGUUCGGGGUACCCGUCAAUAUCCUGGACUCGGUUCAUUCAAUCAGCACGUUCUGCUGCAACCCCAUGUGGCUCCAACUGCCCAGGUUUGGCAUCCAACCCACGCCCGAUGAAGUCAGGGAUUAUAUUGCCUUGUUCCGAUACCUGGCCUUUCUUCUCGGAACCCCAACGUCCUACUUCGAAACCGUCGAGAAAGGGAAGCGUACGAUGGAAAGCCUACUAGUGCAUGAGCUCCGCACCACCGAUACCUCGCGCACCGUGGCAUUCAACUUCGUGGAGUGUGUCACAAACUUGCCAACGCCGUUCCAGAUCUCGAAGGCUUUCAUUGAAGCCGGCAGCCGGUGGAUCAACGGCGACGAGCUCUGUGAUGAGCUCGAGCUUGGCAAGCCAGGGGCCCUGGCUUAUUUGUCAUUCUCUGGCCACUGCAUACUAGUCACGGUCAUCGCGUGGCUCCAAUGGAUACUCCCUGUCUUGGACGAUUUGCUUAUCCGAACUUUCCGAGCCCUGAUGUACGGCGGCAUCGUGCAGAGAAAGUCUCGCACUCGAUUUGAGUUCAAAUAUGUUCCGCAGACAGGUAAACGGACCGGAAAAGAAGCAUACUAUGCCGAUGAUCUCGCGGCCGUCAAGGGCCAUCUUUGUUCCACGCUGUCCAGGGCCCUGGGCAUGGGCCCGUUCGAGACGUUCCUUUUCUUUGUCUUUGUUGUGGCUGGGGGCGUCGUGCUGAGUGCUACGGUUGUAUUUCUGCGGUUAUGCGUGAUGUUCAUGCGUGACAUCGGAUGGUGACGGGUUUAUGUGCGAUGACUAUGAUUGUGAUAGUGAUGAUAAG